GCAGGGACCGCCCUCCGUGAGGCGGCCCCGGCGGCGCAGGGCUGGGGAGCGCCCGGUGCAGGCGGUGGCGGCGGCGGGUGGAGUCGGAGUGGCGGGGUGGCCAUGAAGGCGGGAGCUACUUCCAUGUGGGCUUCCUGCUGUGGUUUGCUGAAUGAAGUGAUGGGUACUGGAGCUGUGCGUGGCCAGCAGGCCGGCUUUGGGGCAGGUGCUGGCCCCUUCAGGUUUGCACCAAACACAGACUUCUCGGCAUACCCGUCUCCAGCUGCUGCGGGUGCAAACAUAGUUUGCAAAGCCUGCGGACUUUCCUUUUCAGUUUUUAGGAAAAAACAUGUGUGUUGUGACUGCAAGAAGGAUUUUUGCUCUGUUUGUUCGGUCUCACAAGAGAAUCUUAGAAGAUGUUCCACUUGUCACUUGCUGCAAGAAACAGCCUUUCAGCGACCUCAGUUAAUGCGAUUGAAAGUGAAGGAUCUGCGUCAGUACCUGAUUCUCAGAAACAUCCCAACAGACACUUGCAGGGAGAAAGAAGACCUGGUGGAUCUUGUGCUGUGCCAUCAUGGAUUAGGCUCGGGGCAGGAUAUGGACACUAGUAGCUUGCAUUCGUCACGGUCACAGACUUCGGGGUUUUUUACUCAUCCAUUUUCUAUGUCUGUAUCAGUGUCGUCUCAAGGAGAACUUGCAAACAGAAGGGGAAGCACAGGAAACGGAACACCUUUACGGGGGCAAACUGAAACAUCUUCUGUAAGUAAUGAAGAAGAAGAAAGUGCAGAAGAGCAGACUCCUGGAUUGUCCAGAAAGCGAGCGAGGGCAUCUUUGUCCGAUAUUUCCAGCCUGGAAGACAUUGAAGGGUUGAGUGUUCGGCAGCUGAAGGAAAUACUUGCGUGUAAUUUUGUCAACUACUCAGGAUGCUGUGAAAAAUGGGAACUUGUGGAAAAAGUGAGCAGACUGUACAGAGAGAGCGAGGAAAACCACAAGACACAAGGUGAGAAGAUGCAGCUGAACGAUAACGAUGAUAACCUGUGUCGGAUCUGCAUGGAUGCUGUGAUCGACUGUGUCCUGCUGGAGUGUGGCCACAUGGUCACUUGCACCAAGUGCGGGAAGCGGAUGAGUGAGUGCCCCAUCUGCCGCCAGUACGUUGUGCGAGCCGUGCACGUGUUCAAAUCCUAAACCGUGACCAAAUGGGACAUCAGAGCCACCCUUCCAGGACUGCUGUGGGUGGGAGAGGCCAAACCUUGGGCCUGUGUCAGCUUUUUAGUGCUCGACAAACACAACGUUCUGAACAUUGGAAUCUAGAAACUUGCGAAACAUUUUUUUUUACAGCAUCGGGAAUCCCAGGGCCGGGCAGCGGCGCAGCUGGGCACACAGCAACAGCGCUGCCUGCCUGACCCGGUGAACCCGCAAACUGUUUACAGCAGUUCUUGCUCUCUUCUGAAGAAUUGUCAAGUACUGAACGCGAUACUUGGAGGUGAUAAGUGGUCAGGAAACACCAUUAGAGCGUUAUGUUGUCUUGUGCAUUAGAAACAAUGAAGCUAUCGGUUGAAUAUUCAGCUUUUACGCAAAUAUAGAAUGUAACUGCUCUGACACUGUCCCUGCAACAGUGGCAGCAGUAUAAAAUACAACUGUAGGAAGCACUGCCAUUAACUAUACUCGCACAGAAGCCCUUAAGCAAUCUCUCUUGCAGCGAUUGCUUUGUUCAGAAUGUCUGCCCUUACACGUGUACUCUCUUGGCCAUUCUUUGUCACUGUACAAACAGCUCUGUCACCUGGCUGGGCUCCGGUGUUUUGCAGGGCUCUGCCAGGUGGUGUCUAAAUACCGGUUAUCCAGUGUUUUUUAGUUGAGGAAUAAAGUAUUUUUUUAAAAAGGAGGGUAUAGGAAACUGCAUUAUUGGGGUCCUCAAUCCACUUAUGCCUAUUGUAACUAUUGAUCCUACGUGUGAUGAUUGUAUUCCAUGUGCCGACACCUGAUGUUACUGUGAAUACUGAUCAGGGUCAUGAAACUACUUGCUGCUAACCUGGGGAAUGUAUGGCGUUAUUAACCUUAACAGGAGGGGGGUUAGGAAGGAGAAGGGAAAGGAAAGACUGGUUGUUCAGAAGCCUCAAAUUCACAGCUGUUUGAGCCAGGCUCAGUCACUAUUAACCACGGUCCCCUGUGCUGUGUUUUGCUGUCUGCCUUUGGCUGAAUCUAGAGCUGUGCUCUGUGCAGCAGCAGGGUCUGGGUCCUCCUGGAGCAAGACCUUCAGGUGUCCUUGAGGGGUUGGGCUGAUGGCAGCAAGAACUGCUGUGCGGGGCCAGGGUGCCUCUCGCCAGGUCCAGCGUCUGAGUCAGUCCAGUAUAACAGGGGAGGGGUGACGAGAGCCCAGUCUGUCCCGGAUGGUUCUCUUAGAGGCAGGGCUGGUCACUGAAGCUGCAGUUUGUCCUUUUCAUUUCCCACAUGCCAGCAAAAUGAGACAGGGAUGUGGUUGGUGACUCCGAUGGUGGCUGCGCUGUCCUACCUGCUCUUGUCUUUUACAUUGAAAAAUUAAGCUGGCUUGAAAAGGAGAACUCGCUUCUCCUCAAAAUGAAACACAGCCUCAAACCUGCUGGGUAUUUUUCAGAAGGGAGCAAACCUCUCCACGGCUUUAUUUUUUAGAAGUAACUUUUUAAUGGUACUUAAUUCCUGGACUCUCUGCUAAUGAAGAAAACCGUACUCUGUAUUAUCUCCAUGCUGAUCAUCAGCCACAUGGGCUUAAUAAAGAUUUGUG